UAUCACCAAAACUAGAUCAAAAUGAGCCAAAUUGUAUGUUAUAAGUGAUUUAAAGGAUACAAGAUGCAGUGUAUGGAUGAAACAUGAAUGUAUAUGGGUCUGGGCAAGUGGGAUGUUCGAAUAUCGAUGGCCGAAAAAUUUUUCAAUGAUGGAAAAAUAGUCAGACGAGACGUCUAUCGACGAAGAUAUGCCAGACAGUGUGAUGUGGGAGGAAUGAGACCACAUAGACGAAGUAGGACACCCACCAACGGAAUAACAGAGAAAAUAUGACCAAAAGUUGAAAAUGGUUCAUAAUCGUAGAACCGGGACAUAAGUGGUGGUAGGACAACACCAGUACUACCAGACCCAUAAAUAUGUCAUGAAGACCAUACACUCAAAUGUGCCGAAAAUAUGGACAUUUUACUAACAAAUUAUAGGCUCCAAAGUGGUACCAAUCUGAAGACGCUCCAGUCGCAAGACAAACCAGAAAGACUUCUCGUCCACAAAAGUUACGUGCCUCGUUAGUUCCAGGUACCGUCUUGAUUUUGUUGGCCGGUAGAUUCAGAGGUAAGAGAGUUGUUUACUUAAAGAACUUAGAAGACAACACCUUAUUGGUUUCCGGUCCAUUCAAGGUCAACGGUGUUCCAUUAAGAAGAGUUAACUCUCGUUACGUCAUUGCCACCUCCACCAAGGUUAACGUUGAAGGUGUUGAUGUUUCCAAGUUCAACGUUGAAUACUUUGCUAGAGAAAAGGUUCCAAGAUCCAAGAAGUCUGAAGCUGAAUUCUUCAACGAAGCUCAACCAAAGAAAGAAAUCAAGGCUGAAAGAGUUGCUGACCAAAAGUCUGUCGAUGCCUCUUUAUUAUCUGAAAUCAAGAAAACUCCAUUAUUAAAGCAAUACUUAUCUGCUUCUUUCUCCUUAAAGAGCGGUGACAAACCACAUUUAUUAAAGUUCUAA